CCGUUUAAUUUAGUCAAUUUAACAACGAAAAACUCUUCAAACAUAAAUUCUUGACGUAACUAGUCACCUAAAAAGGCUUCAUUAAAUACGUCGUGUGUCGUAUUAUUCCUCCUAUUUCAUCAGCGCACGCCAUCAAAAAAAAAACCACUGCUUGCUGUCUGUAAAGUCUCAAGGAAGAAGAAGGCUCCAAAAAGUUCAGUCAUGGCCAAGGUGCACAUCACGAAUGUUGUGGUGCUGGACAACACCAGCAGCUUCUUCAAUCCCUUCCGGUUCGAGCUGACAUUCGAGUGCAUCGAGGAACUGCAGGAGGACCUUGAAUGGAAAAUGAUAUACGUGGGCUCGGCCGAGUCCGAGGAGCACGACCAGGUACUGGACACCAUCUACGUGGGCCCCAUGCUCGAGGGUCGUCACAGGUUCGUCUUCCAGGCCGAUGCGCCAGAUGUUAGCAAAAUUCCAGAACAGGAGGCCGUAGGCGUCACUAUUGUGCUGUUAACGUGCUCGUAUCGCGGGCAGGAGUUUGUGCGCGUCGGCUUCUACGUGAACAACGACUAUGAGGAACAGGAGAUGCGAGAGAAUCCGCCAACCAAGCCCCUGUUCGACAAGCUAAUGCGCAACAUACUCGCCAGCAAGCCGCGCUUGACCCGCUUCCAGAUCAACUGGGACGACGGCCACACCAAUGGCAAUGGAGUGCCAGAAAACAACGGGCACAGCGAUGAAAUUAUGAUCGAUGGUCCAUCCACAUUGCAGCAGCAGGAUAGCAUGCAGGACACCCUGCCCAUCGAUAACGGCAUUAAGGCCCUCAACGAGAACUCAAAUUAACUGACAAUGAAAUGAGAUUCUUUCUGGCACUCCAACUGCAACGCACACAAACACACACUUGAUCUGGCGCAGACUUGACGGAGACUCCCCCCACACGACCUCGCCCCCUUCAUUAUAUUUUAAAAACAAACGCUUAAAUAUAUGUAUACAUUAAAUUUACUUAACUCAUCUAAAUAGCAAAUACACAGGGAUCAUAGUAUGAACAUACUGGAUCUUUAUUUGA